AUGUAUCCAUAUCAGCAACCACCUUCGUCUUAUCCUCCUCCACCACCAGGUGGCAGUAACCCAUCGUAUCCUCCUGCAUAUCCACCACAAGAUACAUAUCCACCAUCAAGCAAUUCACCUUAUCCACCAAGCCAAUAUCAGCAAUCGCCUGGUCCUGGUGGAUUUAAUCCUGCCUACACUCAUCAGCCUGCUCCACCAUCGCCAUAUGGUGCACCAUCACAACCACCAGCACCCUAUGGCGCACCACCACAACCACCUGCACCUUAUGGUUCACCAUCACAACCACCCGCACCUUAUGGUGCACCACCACCACCACCUUCACCUUAUGGUACGCAACAGCAAUCACCCUAUGGUGCACCACCACCACCUCCUCCAUCUUAUCCACCAAGUGAUGCCAGCCCAUAUUCUCAACCUCCACCACCACCUCCUGCAAGUGGUAGCCCUUAUCCUCCUGUAAGCAGCCCUUAUAGUCAACCUCCUCCUCCUACAAGCAGCCCAUACAGUCAGCCACCACCACCUCAACAACGUGAUGCUUAUUCACCUUAUGGCCAACAACAGCAACAGCAACAACCAUCCUAUGGUCAACCUCAACAACCACCUUAUGGUGGCUAUGGCCAACAACAAUUGACCUUGCUUGUAAACUCUGCAUCGAAUCUGGUGGAUGUCGAAAAGUUUGGCAAAAACGACCCUUAUCUUCAAUUCACAGUCAACUACCAAGACCCCAACACCUUCCAAAAGACAGCUACGCAAAAGAAUGCGGGUAAAAAUUGCUCGUGGAAUCAAUCCUUUACAUUGCCCAUGGGUGGUCAAGAGCUCUAUAUUGAAGUAAUGGAUGCCGAACGUGCUGGAUUUGAUGAAGUCAUUGGAUUUGCAGCUAUCCCUCUCAAUCAAGUGGGUCCUCAGGGUCUUAAUGCUGUGUUCCCUAUUUACACUGUCAGCAACAAACCAGCUGGCGAGGUGCAUCUGACUUUUGGCAAUGGUGCUAUGCAGCCCGUAACACAAGGCCAUUCUUAUGUCAAUGAAGGCCAUCAAAAGCGUGUCAAGGGUUUACGCAACAAGGCCGUUGCCUCUGAUGCAGCUGUGGGUGGUGCUAUUGCUCUCGGUGUUGGUUUACUCGCUAAGCAUGCAUACGAUGAACAUAAAGGUCAUCAUGGUGGACGUGAAGAAGAAUAUCGCUACGGCUACUAA